UAGAAUAUGUACCUGCAAUCCGACGAGUUUGUUGUUCAGUGUAGACAUCGAUGCAAAUAUAUACAUCAAAAGCACUCAUACCACUGCAUAAUUUCGCUUACGUCUCCAGAUUUAAUUGAGGUUCUCUUAGGAGUUCACUUAAAUAGUCUCGGCGCACUAUCUCACUAACUUCACACAUUCAAUGCGUUUCUGCUGCUUCCACAUCGGCACCUUCCACUGUAUAGCCGCCGCGCUUCUAUUAUACGCUAUACUAUCACUCCAGCACAGAUCCAGUACCAUGGACUUCACAUUAGUGCUCCAUGUCGAUAUAAAUAGAACACUGCUCAUGUCCGAUAAAGCUGGCAGGAAGACUACCGAAGAUAUUAUCAGCGAAACUGUGGCCAGCUGUGUGUAUGGCCGCGUUGAUGCCAAUGGUAUCUGGGUGGCGGUUUCUCACGAGCCAUUCUCGACGCCUCCUGACGAAGAGUCUCUCGUGGACUUCAAGCACUAUAUCGACAGUAUACGCUUCCCGUACCCUCCACUCUCUGAGAGUGUCAACAAAGAAGAGCAACGUGAGAAGAAUUAUGCUGUGAAGGAGCGCCGGAAAGCCGCACUCAAGACCUUCACCAGUCCAGGCUUUCCCGGUGAACAGUACAGAGAUACUUAUAGCCGAUUGCUGGAUACUCUACGCGUGCAGGGCCGGCCGGGAGAGUACAGGACUAUAGUCAACUCUUUCUUCCACUUGCUGGUCCGCUUAGAGAGUACAAAUGUCAGAUAUCGUCUCAUAUUCAGAACCUUUGGCACCGAUCUGGACGAAGUGGCUGUGGCCAUGAACGAGUUCUGUGACGGUCUCAACCCCGACUUCCCCGAAGUGAACCUGCCACAUUUGAAAUUACAUUUGCCUCGAGAUGCUGGUGCAUUCUUCCGCGACGGCACCAAUCAAUACUUGGUUCUCGGAACGCUACAAAAACCGGUAACCAUGGCAACAGGAGCUUCAUUCUGUAAG